ACUGCGAUUUGACACAAUGGCAGAAUCGGUCGGACGGAUAAACAUCUCCGACCGGCGAUAAUUCUGCGUAGUUGUGCGCGAGUCCGUAGCUGUGUACGCUGGUCGUUUCUGAAGCUACGGGGUCCUUGAACCUCGUUCGUUGAAUUUCGAUGAGAUCGGAGCUGGUCACCGAGAUGAUUGUUUUAUACGGAGUAGUUUCGAGCAGGAGCGAGCGCGAUUUCAGAUAAUCAUAGAUUUAUCUAGCCGAAUGAUUUCGCGCGCGAUUCGCCAAGUUGCGUCAGUUUUAUAUAAAUAAAAUACAUACUUUUGAGACGCGAUUUUCAGAGUUUAUUACUGUGAUCGACGUGCCCGAGUUUGCCGGAUCGCUGCAUUCGCCGGCUGAGCGAUUUUCGGCUGCCACAUUAGAAUUGUACGGAUUGCUUGUGUAUAUAAAUAUAUAUAGAUGUGUACGGUAUAACGAGAAGGAAUUGUAUAUAUAACGUUAAUUUUUUUAAUCGAAUUUUGCGCGUCUCUUAAGAGCGUUUUUCUCUUUGAUUAAUGGUUCCCGCACGUAACAAUAUGUUUCUCGUUUGCGUGACCGUGGGACUUGUCUUUCUGGCAUCGAAGUAUCGCAAUAACGUACUUCGCAGCGUCAAACACUUGUAUAAAAAUAUCAAGAAUCGAGAUAGCACUAAAAAUAGUAAUAAUUCUAAGCCCAAGCGCGAUGAGAAAGAUAUCGAUAGUAAUAAUAAUAACGAGGAUAUCAAUGAUAACAAGGAGAUUAAGCUUAUAUUAGACAAGAUUAUUUUGGCAGACUCUCCGGAGAAAUGCGAUUACGCCGUACAGCGUAUUCGUUGCGAUCUGUCUGAUGGCAUUCUGGGUUUUGAUUGUGAAUGGGUCAAGGAAGGACCUGUUUCUCUGUUACAAUUGGCUACUUUCAAUGGAGUAGUUGCUCUGUUUCGCAUUGGAAAGAUUGGAUAUAUUCCGCUUAAACUCAAGGAAUUAUUAGCUAGUAAGCACAUUCUCAAAGUGGGAAUCUCUUCAUACGAAGAUGGACAGAAGAUUGUAAAGGAUUAUGGUUGUAGAGUUAGUGGGACUCUUGAUUUAAGAAAUUUAGCUGAGUCUCUCAAUCUACCAAGUCGAAAAAGCUUAGCUGCCAUGAGUUUAGAGUAUCUUAAUAUUGAGAUGGACAAGAUAAUAGAAGUGAGGUGUGGCGAUUGGGACGCCAGUACCUUAACCGACGAACAAGUUGCUUAUGCUGCUUGUGAUGCGCUUGCAUCUGUUAUUAUUUAUCAUAAAAUAAUGCAAAAAGAAAGAGAAAAAUAUUCAUUGUGGCAGAGAUUAGGAAUUUAUUUAUGUAAUAUAUUAAGUAGUGAUAUAAAUGUACGAAUUCAUGGUGUACCUGCUGAAACAGUCGAUACGAGGUUCAAGGGUCAGCGAUCACCAAGUGUAGACAGUAUUACUAGUAAUAAUGUUUUAAAUGCGAAGAAUAAUAAAUCAGUAGUAUUAGAUAAAAACACUAUUAACGAUCGUAAAAAUGCGAUACCUACAAGAAUCAAACCUUUAUAUCAUAAUUGUUAUUUACAAGCACCUGAUGGAGAUGUAUUGUGUACAUGCGAUCGCAAAAAAGCGGAAUGGUAUAUUACAAAAAAUUUAGGAAAACUUGUGGAGACAGAUCCAUAUACAGUGAGAUUAAAUUUCGAGCCAUCUGGCCGAGCAUUAGGAGAGGUUGGACAAUAUUAUACACAAGUGAAACUCAAUCAAUGUGUAGUCUGUGGAUGCACUGAGAAAUUUAUUAGGAAAAAUGUCGUGCCACGAGAAUAUCGAAAAUAUUUCCCAUUGGUAAUGAAGGCACAUCAAUCUCAUGAUGUUUUAUUAUUAUGUCCUUCCUGUCACGAAAUUAGCAAUAACCAUGAUCUGCAGCUCAGAAGAAAGUUAGCAGACAUGUGUGACGCACCAUUAAUUGGGCCGAUGACGCAUGUACGGGACAACUACUUGCACGGCCGCCGAAAAUUGCUUUCGGCUGUUAAGGCAUUGAGAGAAAAAUAUACGUUACCUCAACAGCAACGUGAAGAAUAUGAAAAUUAUAUACUAGAACAAACGGGACAGCAAAGAGUUACGCCGGAUUUACUUAAUAUCCUUAACGAGCAAUUGAAAAAUGCACUAAUCCAGAAACCGAUGUCUAAUCAGUUCAAAUAUCAGCCGCAUGGCCUAAAGGUAGUGCAAUAUUUUCAAAAGCAAGAAGGUGGACUCGUGGAGUUGGAACGUAUGUGGAGAGAACAUUUUCUUUUCACAAUGAAACCGAAAUACUUGCCAAGUUUAUGGUCUGUACGUCACAAUCAAGAGCGACUGAUCAUACGCCAGGCACAAAAUAGAAUUGAUGCGGACGAUGCGAAGGCAGCUGGAUUAACGCAGUAAAAUUUGAAUAUUAUAACUGAUAAGUCUCGUAUAAGAGCGAGAACUUCAAAGACUGUUGUAUGUGAAUCAAUAUAUCUCCUAUAAUCUAUAUAUAUAUAUAUAUAUGAAUAUCUCUACUUUUAUUUACCUUUACAUUGCCAUGUGGCAUGAUGCAAUAAUAUGAGAUGCGAAUCAUAAUUUUUCAAUGUAGAAACUAUAGCAUUUUAUUCUUACAAGUUUUAGACAUUGUGUAUUGAAUGGCAUGCUCAAAAUAUACAUUUUAAACAUA